UUUGCAUUCCUUACACCGCACUUCUGAAGGAUAGGGUGCAAUGUGGCUGUUUAUGUCUGCAAUGUUGGUUAUCAGCUGUAAAUUCGUCUAAAACGGGGUGUGCUGAUAAAAUUUUCCCCACUUUAUAGCACGGUUUAGUCUUGGUUGCUUACAAGUGUGAGUGGAUAUCUCAUGCCCAAGUGCGUUUAAGGCAACUGCGUCUUUUAUGUGCGAAGUGAUUUAGAGGGUAGCAGGAGUUGAACUGUCAAAGAUCACAUGCGUGGCUUUUAUUCCCCAUGUCAAACUAGGAUUUUUUUGUUUCCCCCUUGUUCGGAUUUAUUGCGGUAAACUAUAGAGCUAAAAAGAAUGGAGUUUACACGCAUUUGAACUUUGAUGGAAGAAUGAUAUUUUCCAAGCCGUUAACUCUUUUAUCCAACUCUCUCUCUCUCUCUCUGUGUGUGUGAACUUUUGCCAUUCUGUCUUUUGUCCGGAACAGAUUUUCAUAUAAAUGGCUUGAGGUGCGCAAGUAUCUCCUACUAAUAAACGCAUUGUGGCUUAAUUUAGCAUGAAUCUAAAACGCGCUCUUACGCACUGGAGAAUCAAAUCUCUUCUGGUGAAUCGGAUUCUCAUCUGCUGCCCUCUUGUGUUGUUUGGCCUCCCCGAAUUCCUCACCGCGCAGCGGCUCCCCUCGCGCUCCUCCUCCUCUCCAUUGUAAACGAAGGGGGUGCGGAGAAGUGCGAGCAGAAGGAGGGAGGGUUAAGUUGUGCCAUCGGAGCGCAGAGGUGUUAGUUCAUAUCGACAGAACCGGCAGAGACAGAGGGGAGAGAGAGUCUGGACUAUCACCACCACAUAGUUGCACUUUAAGUCUUUUCUUAGUUCGUUUUAACUAACAUCCAUGUUGCUUAUAUCCAUUACGCACCGAUCGUUGCGUUUUAUGAAGCGGAGUUUGAAAAGAACAUUCUCAACAGAUGUCAGACUCCGUUAGUGCCUCAGGUCAUCUAGGUGUUUUACGCACAGCUGGUGUUUAAAACUGAGCUGGGGCGAGAUUGAGGGGAUUCAGAGGCACUGCACUUCAAGAGACUUUAUUUUUUAGUCAAGUUACUAAAGGAAGCAGCUCCUCCAAGUGGAUUACUAUCAUUUCCUAAAUGUUUCCCCAGAGGAGGCUCUUCACAUUUCCAUUUCUUGGACGAGGAAGGAUGGAUGUGAGAAUGAACCAAGGACACCUACUUCUGGCAGUGACCCUCAUCUUCUGCAACUCACAGCUGCUGGUGGUCGCCAACUCGUGGUGGUCAUUAGCCAUGAACCCCAUCCAGAGACCGGAGAUGUACAUCAUUGGAGCACAGCCUCUGUGCAGCCAGCUGACGGGCCUGUCCCAGGGUCAGAGGAAGCUCUGCCAGCUCUAUCAGGACCAUAUGGUUUAUAUCGGAGAGGGGGCGAAGACGGGCAUAAAGGAGUGUCAGUAUCAGUUCAGGCAAAGGCGAUGGAACUGUAGCACGGUGGACAACACAUCAGUGUUCGGCCGCGUCAUGCAGAUAGGCAGCAGAGAAACAGCUUUUACUUACGCCAUCAGUGCAGCAGGCGUUGUGAAUGCGGUGAGUCGGGCGUGCCGCGAGGGUGAGCUCUCCACCUGCGGCUGCAGCCGGGCGGCUCGUCCCAAAGACCUCCCGAGAGACUGGCUAUGGGGCGGCUGCGGGGACAACGUCAACUACGGCUACCGUUUCGCCCGGGAGUUUGUGGACGCCCGCGAGCGCGAGAAGAACUACCCACGUGGAUCGGUUGAGCAUGCGCGCACGCUUAUGAAUCUACAGAACAAUGAGGCCGGGAGAAUGGCAGUGUACAAUCUGGCCAACGUCGCCUGCAAGUGUCACGGCGUCUCCGGCUCAUGCAGUCUGAAAACUUGUUGGCUCCAGCUGGCCGACUUCCGUCGUGUGGGUGAGUUCCUGAAGGAGAAGUACGACAGCGCCGCCGCCAUGCGCAUCAGCCGACGAGGCAAGCUGGAGCUGGUCAACAACCGCUUCAACCCCCCGACAGGCGAGGACCUGGUCUACAUCGACCCCAGCCCAGACUACUGCCUGCGUAACGAGACCACCGGCUCUCUGGGCACCCAGGGCCGCCUGUGCAACAAGACCUCGGAGGGCAUGGACGGCUGCGAGCUCAUGUGCUGCGGUCGCGGUUACGACCAGUUCAAGACCUACAAACAUGAGCGUUGCCACUGCAAAUUCCACUGGUGCUGCUACGUCAAGUGCAAGCGCUGCACGUCGCUCGUAGACCAGUUUGUGUGCAAGUAGCAGCCUAGGGACGGGACAGACGCCCUGGAGAGGCACUGAGCAAUUAGCGGGAGAAGAACGGGACCCUUAACGGACCCAGAGGGGGAACUUAGAGAUAAUUAAAUGUAAAAUGAUAUAUUAAAUAGCAACAAAUUAAAGUAUAUAAGUAAGUGUACGUGUGCCGUUGAUAGUAAUUUAAUGACCUUUUCUGACUCAAGAAUCAAAAGUUGGACAUCAUUGAUGAAAAGGAGGCACCGGUGUGAUGUAUUCCGGCUCAAGCUGUUGUUCUCUCUGUCUUUGAAUUCAGAGAGGCAAGGACUUCUAAAAGGAAGAGCCUACAAACUCUUUAGAGACUCUAUAGAGGGAUCAAGAAAAGGUAGAGAUGCAGAAAGAGGACGGAGAACAACAGGGCACAUCACCCAGAGCUUCGAUUCGCCGCUUAUUCUUGAGCGCACCUCCACAAACACACUCCACCUUGCCCAUAUUAGAGCUCUUAAGAACCUUGAGUCAGAGAAAGGCGGAAUUAUUGGACAUUGUGUUCCAUGAUGUGACAAGAACAGAAUGCUGCCUGUUACCCUUCACACAAGCAUUCCCCUAUAGAAACCUGGAGAGACGUGUGAAAGAUGAAACCAGGAAGGAGUAGGACUGAACGCUUUUGCCUGGAUCGGAGCAUCAAGCAACACAUGCACACACAAAACUCCCCUUUGUUCUUUCAAAAUUGCUGUUGUAUCCUUCAUAUAGGCUUUCAAAAGUCUGUUUGAUGCAUUUCAGGGUCUUCCGUACGCCAUAUCUGGGAGUUCCAUCUAAUCUAGAGCAGAGAAUAUUGUGUUUGUUCUGUCACUGUCUUUGUCAUUUGAAACGGUUCAAAGCCUCACAGUAAUGAAUGUGUGUCUGGUAACUGAAAAUAGGAAAAAAAAAAAACUACAUAAGGACUGCAAAAACUAUUAUUGUAACCAAAUACUAGUGGUUCAGAUUAUAUUUUAUUAAUUGCUUCUCAUUUUAUACAUCAUAUGUAUUGUUCUGAUUAUUAUUUUUUGAUAAAGAAGCUUUUUACUGGGGAUUUAUAUGCUAGCAGAGAAGAUAUUACUGGCCACUGGAUGGAACGGGCGAUCAUAGCCGAACUCUGCCACUGUCAGGCCGCGGAACAAGACAAUAAGAUCUUUUGUUCAUUCCCGAGUGCUUUGGAGGAAAACUACACUUGUAAAUAACAGUCAGUCAUAUAUGCAAAUAACACUUACAAUCUCUUUGACAUGUCACUCCACAGUUUUUUGCUGCCCUGUGAUCAUAUUCUUGUUGUGUGUAUUCCCCCUCAUUCAAACCAGUGAUAUUAAAAAUAUGAAUAGUGA